AUGGAUGAGCCACCAUCGAAAAAAUCUCGCGCUGAGAGCGGUAAAAGCGAAACAUCGUUUCGUAUGUUCAAAAAUCGAUAAUUGCAGAGUAUGAUUCGGGACUCGACGCGCUUUCCGAACUCGACAAGCUGGAACCGCUCCCAACAUCAAACAAGGAUUCAGACGUAAGUGACCCUUCUUCUCUCAUUCCGCCACCGCAUGUUCCUAUUUUAGGUAGAUAAUCCGAGUACUUCGGCUGGAGGACUGGGCGGUCCUUCUGGCUCGACUCCUCAACAUCCACCUCCCCAAGGCACACCGCAGCCGGUAGCACCAAAUGGCGGCUUCAACAUGCAACCGGGACAGCCGGGAGCACAACCACAGCAGCAACAGACCGCGGCGGGGGGCGCCGGCGGCUCUGUGCUUCAGGAGUUGCUCAUGAACCAACCCCAAGGUGCUAACAACUCGCCACGGCCAACUGGAUACCCACCCGGACAGCAGAACGCCUUCAACAGGAGUCCGUCGAUGCAUAAUGGAACGCCGAACAUGAUGUCUCCGCCGAGCAUGAGUGGCAGAGUUCCUGGUCCGAGCCCUGGUGGACCUCAACAAGGACCCGGACAAGCACAGCUGAGACCAGGUCAACCUGGGAUGUUCCCACCGGGCGGGGAUCAGCAGAUGAUGAUGGGAGCACAGGGUCAACAGUUCCCGCAGAUGAUGCACAGAGGAUAUCCUGGAUACCCGCAGCCAGGACCUCCCGGAGCACAAGGCAUUGCACCGCCAGGCUAUCCUGGAGCAGGUCGGGGCGGACCGACUCCAGGACAAGCCAUGGGACGAGGAGCGAUGAUUAAUGGAACAAUGCAACGGAACGGACCGAUGCCGGCACAGGCAAGGCCCGGAAUGGCUCCUAAUCAACAGCAGAUGAUGCCUGGAAUGAUGGAUCAAAGGAGUUUCAUGCAACAUCAGCAGUACGCAGGACAACGACCGGAGUUCAUGCAUGCGCAGUACGGUCGAGGGCCGAAUCCGGGAUACCCGCCUAUGAUGCAUCCACAACAGGUUUGUACUCCCAUUGUGGAUGUUUCAGUUUACCUUGUAAUUUCAGAUGAUGAUGGACGCGAACGGACAACCCAUGAGGCCAAUGAUGAUGAACAAUGGACACCCGGGUAUACAGCACGUGCCUCCAGGAGGACAGAAUGCAGCCCAGGCAGCCGCUCAUCAUGCUGCACAACAACAGGCUCAGGCUCAAGCUCAAGCCGCAGCUCAACAGCAACGGGAGCAGGAAGCUGCUGCAGCGGCGGCCGCACAACGGAACGGAGCCGCACGGUCAACAACGCCUGGAUCCAGCAUGCUGGCAACACAUCAAGACCCAGAAAAACGGAAGUUGAUUCAGCAACAGUUGGUUCUUCUGCUACAUGCACAUAAAUGCUCACAACGUGAAAAGGUGAGUGCAUUUGGAACUGAUUUCCUCUCAAAAACUACAGAUUCAGGAGAAUCGGGACUUUGCCGCCAAGAAUCAGCCGUUGCCUCAUGCCGCCUGCACUCUCCCACACUGUUCAACAAUGAAGGACGUGCUAACGCACAUGACGAGUUGCAACGUCGGAAGAUCGUGCCCUUGUAAGUGUUGUUCUUCGUCGUGUCGCUUCUCUCUUCCUUUUUACCUACUUCUCUUUCACUCUUCUCUAAAGAGUUUCGAACAAAUCAGCAAGUGAGAAGCGCUGCUCCCGCUCCAAUCCGCUUCACUCUGGCCACUGUUUGAAAUCUCUUUCAGCCGAUACCAAUCAAACAAAAAAAUGUUCAGUUGCACACUGUGCUUCGUCCCGUCAAAUUAUUGCUCAUUGGAAGAACUGUGCUCGAGAGGAUUGCCCAGUGUGUAAGCCGUUGAAGAGGAUACAGGACACGCCAUUGCAAUUUUCAUGUCAGUUGUCCCACCUUAACUCAAACUUUACAAAUAAUAUAGUUUCAGUGCCAGAUCUCGCUAACAUCAUCGGCGGAAACGGAAACUCGAACGGAAGUGCAGAAGGUGACGGAAUGGGACAGUUCGGAUCACCUUCACUCCAACGCGGUCAACAUCUGACGAAUAGUCUUUUCGAAGGAUUCAACGGAGAUCCGUUUUCUCGACCCGGAGCGAACCGUCAAGGACAGAGACCACAGGGCGGAAGCAACGGAGAUAUUCCGAAUCUCCCACCUCCAGACAUGCCGGAUUGCACAAAGGAAUGGCAUCAUCAAGUCACCAAGGAUCUACGCAACCAUCUUGUCGGCAAGCUGGUCAAGGCAAUCUUCCCAGAACCAGAUCCGAACGCAGUGAAUGACAAUCGUCUGAAAGAUUUGAUAGCAUAUGCACGGAAGGUCGAGAAGGAGAUGUUCGAGUCGGCCAACGACCGCGAAGAGUACUAUCAUCUACUUGCCGAGAAGAUCUAUAAGAUACAGAAGGAGUUACAAGAGAAGAAGAACUCUCGACUGAGUCAAGGAAAUGCGAAUCACGACCGUGAGUUUAAUUUCAGUCUGAAUCGAAUAAUCCAGUUUUAGUUUCAGCAUACAACAACAUUCCGCCUUCGAAUGAGAUCGCGCAGAUGCUGGGAGUCGAUGGUCGCAACGAUCGAGGCGACGUUCAUAUGGAAGGGAGCAGCAGUAUGGCAGCUGCGCCGAGCCAACAGAACCAACAAUGGGGAGGCGCUCCGAGCAUGCAGUCACAGCAGAUGCCAUCCAACGGUCCGAUUCCGCCACACAGCAAUGGAGCUCUGUUCCCGGCCAGCGGAAACAGCACGCCGAACAUCGGAGGAUCAUCCGCUACCAGUGGAACCCUUCUUCCGAAAACUGAACCGAUGGAUGAGAGUAAUGCGGAUUCGAUGAGCUCUCGACCAGCCACUGCCGCCGGACUCGCGGGAUCGAGCACUUCGUCCACACCGGCUCCUACUCUCAACGGAGUGAAGAAGGAAGAAGACGAUGAGGCAUCCAACCAUGCGCCGACUCCGAAGGAUGUGAAGACAGAAGCUGGAUCCAGCUCGACUGAUAAGAAGGACGGUGUGAAAAGAGAACCGACGCCACCACCAGCGGAAGACUCUGUAUUCUCGCAAGAGGAGCUGGUCAAGCGACUCAUGCCGAUUUGGGAGAAACUUGACACGUCGGAAGAAGGAGCUCCAUUCCGGAUACCUGUUGACGCGCAGAUACUCAACAUUCCCGACUACCAUCAGAUUAUCAAGAAUCCAAUGGACCUGGACACUAUUCAAAAGAAGUUGAACGGUGGAAAGUAUCAGAACGUGCAUCAGUUCUGCGACGACAUCUGGCUGAUGUUCGACAACGCAUGGCUGUACAAUCGGAAGAACAGCAAAGUGUACAAAUAUGGAGUCAAGCUGUCCGAACUGUUCAUUUCCGAGAUUUCUGACACUAUGAAGUCGAUGGGCUAUUGCUGUGCCAAGAAGCUCGCAUUCACGCCGCUCUCCCUCUUCUGUUACGGAGCAGCAAUGUGCACGAUCGCCAGAGAGCAGGUGUAUUGGAUGUACGAACAGAGUUCUACUCAGUUCAAUGUGACUGUCAACGAGCGGUAUACCUACUGUCAGAAGUGUUUCGAUGCGCUUCCGCCCGAGGGAAUAUCACUUUCUGAGAAUCCGAAUGAUCGCAAUAACAUGGCGCCGAAGUCGGACUUCAAGGAGAUGAAAAACAGUCUGAUCGAGUACGAACCAUUCGAGCGGUGCAAGUAUUGUAUGCGGAAAUGGCAUAAGAUCUGUGCACUUCACGACAAGAAGGUUUAUCCGGAAGGAUUCAUUUGCCCAAGCUGCAGGACGGCGAAGAAGUAUCCGAAGCAAGAGAACAAGUAUCUCGCGAGCAAGCUGCCUCCCAACAAACUGUCGACAUACCUCGAGGACCGUGUCAACGGAUUCAUAAAACGACAGUUGCAAGCGGAAGCUCCAAAGUAUCCUGUCAUAAUCCGAACACUUUGUGUGCAGGACAAGGACGCCGAAGUGAAGCCGCAGAUGAAAUCGAAGUACGUGGAGAGCAAUCAGUUCCCGGAGAAGUUCCCUUACCGAACGAAAGCCGUGUUCGCUUUCGAGAUCAUCGACGGCGUCGAAGUGUGCUUUUUCGGUCUUCACGUGCAGGAGUACGGUAGCGAGUGUCCAGCUCCGAACGCGAGAAGAGUAUACAUCGCGUAUCUCGAUUCGGUGCAUUUCUUCCAACCGAGAGAGCUCAGAACUGAUGUCUAUCACGAAAUUCUACUCGGAUACCUCGACUACGCGAAGAAGCUCGGGUACACAAUGGCUCACAUCUGGGCUUGUCCUCCUUCGGAAGGAGACGACUACAUUUUCCAUUGCCACCCGCCAGAGCAGAAGAUACCGAAGCCGAAACGUCUUCAGGAUUGGUACAAAAAGAUGUUGGAGAAAGGAGUUCAAGAGGGAACAGUCAUUGAGUUCAAAGACAUCUACAAGCAAGCUCGCGACGACAAUCUCACUUCGCCGACCCAAUUGCCGUACUUUGAAGGAGAUUUCUGGCCGAAUGUGAUUGAGGAUUGUAUUCGGGAAGCAUCCAAUGAAGAGGCUCAACGGAAAGUGAAAGAUGAAGACGACGACGGAGAGGAUGGAGACGGAGGACUCGGCGGAAGUGGAGACUCUGGAAAGAAGAAGAGUUCGAAGAACAAGAAGAGCAAUCUGAAGAAGAACGCGAAGAUGAAUAAGAAGAAAGCUGGAAGCCUGACUGGAAACGAAGUGGCCGACAAGCUGUUCUCGCAGUUCGAAAAGCACAAGGAAGUCUUCUUCACCAUUCGACUCGUCAAUGCCGCUGGCGAGGCUCUCGCUCUUCAAAGCCCAAUCAACGAUCCUGACGGUCUGAUGCCUUCUGAUAUGAUGGACGGACGUGACAUCUUCUUGACGAAGGCCCGAGAGGAGCACUGGGAGUUCUCUUCUCUGAGGAGAGCCAAAUACUCCACACUCUGUCUCGCUUACUCUCUCCACGAGACAGAUUCCAAGGGAAUGGAGUACAGCUGCAACAAGUGCAAUGGACCGGCUCAAUGGCAUUGCAACAGUUGCGAGGACUUUGAUCUCUGCGGUGGAUGCAAGCCACAGUAUCCGCAUCAGCAUGAGAUGGAACAGAUCAAGUCGCUACUCCUCCCUGAUUCCAACCAAGAUUCAAAUGGAAACGGAAGUCGAUACGAGAGUAUCCAGCGGUGCAUUGCUUCGUUGGUUCACGCGUGCCAGUGCCGCGAUGCCAACUGCCGUCGUAUGUCUUGCCACAAGAUGAAGCGUGUCGUUCAGCACACGAAACUUUGCAAGAAGAGGAUCAACGGAACGUGCCCGGUGUGCAAGCAGCUCAUUGCCCUUUGCUGUUACCACGCUAAGCACUGUACUCGUGACUCGUGCUCCGUACCAUUCUGUAUGAACAUUCGACAGAAGCUCGCCGAACAGAAGCGCUCACAUCAACGUCGUGCUGAUAUGAUGAUGAGAAGAAGAAUGGAAGGACUUCAAGCCACAGCUGGAGGAGCCCCGCCCACCCCAAGUGCAUCGACGAAUGGAGCUCAUACGAGUGCUCCAACACCGCCAGUUAGUGCCGGACCACCAUCAUCGGCGGCUGUGAAAGGAGGAGGUGUUGGACAGAUGCAGAUGCAAAGGGGUCCGCUUAGUGGAAUGGGAGCGCAGAUGAACAGUUUUGGAGGCACUGGAAUGAGCGCUGCAGGACCGAAUGGACCGAACGGACCGAAUGGACAACUUCCUGGAAUGAAUCAACACAUGGGAGGAAAUCAGCGUUUCAUGCGUAAGUUGUCUCUCGGUCCAACAGUAAGAUGAUUUCGUUGCUUUCAGAAGCCAAUGGGCAAGGAUUUGGAGGGCCAGGAGGACCGAAUGCACAGCAUAGCAUGUACUCGAAUAUGUCGAGGCAAGGAAUGAGCCACGGCGGACUAGGAGGAAUGAACCAACAAGGGCAACAGCAGGGAAUUCCCGGACAGCAACAGGGUCGACCCGCCAUGCCUGGAAUGGGACAGAAUCCGCAGCAGUUCAGGUAUUCCAAUCGAAAUAAUGUUUGAUUGAUUGCAUUCAAAAUUUUUCAGAAAUAAUCAGGAGAUGUACAUGAUGAACAUGCAGGGACAACAGGCUCAGCAGCAGCAACAAUCCGAUCCUACACUGCAGCCACAGAUAACCAAGAUCAAUGUACGGUUAAAGAAUGCAAAGACCCAACAGGAGCGGGAGAGUGUGUUCGCCGAUCUUAAGAAGACACCGCACUUGUUCCACGCAUGGCUCAGAGUAAGCGAUGUCUUCGAAACUACUCACUAAACCUACUUAACUUAUUUUGGGUUCCGUGGUUUUAACUAACAUUAGGAUACUGAAAACUUCGAGAGACGGAUCGCUUUUUUUUGAGUUUUUGCUUCAACUGACAUCCUUAGUUUAAGAAGCCGAUCGUCUGUGUCCCUGUUUCCAAAGUGAUCAAGUCCCGCUUUUACAUCUUAUCCCAAUGUUUUCAGUCCUGUUCUUAACCUAUUCACCCGUGGUCGGUCUUUACAGAAUAACCCGCAACACGGACAAUUCGCCAAUAUGUCCAAUAUAAUGGGUCAACCGCUGCCGGGUGGUCCUCAGAAUCCGAUGGGACAGAAUCCACAACAAAUGGGCCAGCAACAAGGAGCUCAGAUGCGCGGCAACUUCCCCGGACCAAACGGCAAUCAGCCACGAGGACCGGGCGGACAGUUUGCUUCGAUGAAUCCAUCUAUGCAGCAGCAGCAACCAGGCUGGGCGCAGCAACGGCAACCGCAUCCCGGCAGCAUGCCACAGAAUUCGAUGCAGUACGGACAGGUUGGUUACGCUCCGGGGGUCUAAGGAUGUUUAUGUUGCGAUGACGAUCGAUCGAUGUGAACUUUUUACGCUUUUCGGUUUCGAAUUCUUAGCUAUCUGUGUAAUUUUUUAUAUUUAUUCCAAAAAAUCAACCAAACAACGUGCGUUCGUCUAUAUUUCAAUAACCUCUAUUUGGAAUAACCAACCAAGUUCUAUAGUCGAUUGUUUUACCCUGACAUCUGUGUUGACAUGACAUCUAAUAACUUUGUUUUAGUUCCAGAACCGGCAACAAAUGAUGAUGAUGCAGCAGCAACAGCAGCAGCAGCCACAUCCUUCGAAUGCUGGAAAACAGUAG